GACGUAUCCGGAAACAGCGUGAAAACAACCCGAACGCGCGCACCGUUUGAUUCGAGGAAAUUCUUUAUUAAAAUAAAGUGAUAAAGUAUUUCCGUCAUUACUGUGAUUUGACUCGGAGUAGGGUCCCAUAACCCAGAGGACUCCCAACAGCAUGCAGGAGGACUCCAGCCGCAGUCCCAGUUACACUGUGACAUGCGAGGACUACGUUCACGUGGUCGAGUUCAGUCCCUUCAGCAGCGGCUCCCCUGCCUCUCUGCUGGCCUACGGGGGAAACCAGUAUGUGGUGGUGGGCACCUGCCUAUUCCAGGAGGAGGAUAUGGAGAUAGAAGGAGUGGAAUUCAAUGUACUUCGAGCUUUCCAUCACGACUUGCGUGUUGACGCUCUGGCCUGGAGCCCAGAGUCCCGGCUGGACCGGAUACCCACACUCAGAUUUUGCACCGCUGCGGCCGACAGGAAGCUACGUCUGCUGACUUCUGAUCUCCAGGAUAGGCAUGAAGUCAAGGUGAUGGAGGGUCACACCAGCUACAUUAACCAUUUGGUGUUCGAGCCCACGGAGGGGAAACAAAUUGCUUCCGUCAGCGACGAUCACACUUGCAGGGUGUGGGACCUGGAUGGAACGGAGAGCUGCACUCUCAGGCUUCGCUCUCCUGGCGUCGGUGUGUGCUGGCACCCGGAGGAAGCCCUUAAGUUGAUGGUGGCCGAGAAGAAGGGGACGAUCCGCUUCUACGACCUUCUGACCCAGCAGGCCAUCCUGUCGCUGGACUGCGGCCAGUCGCCGCUCCUGUCCGCCGACUGGUGCCUCACCAACACCAUCAAAGUCGGCGCCGUGGCGGGAAACGACUGGCUCAUCUGGGACAUAACUCGCUCCAGUUACCCACAAGAAAAAAGACCAGCCCACGCAGAUAAAGCGCGGUUAUUCAAGUGGUCCCGGGCCAACGAAAACCUCUUCGCCACCACCGGAUGUCCGGGCAAGAUCUCCACUCAGCUACUGAUCCACCACCUGGGACACCCGCAGCCGGUGACGGUGGGAUCAGCCGCGGUGGGAUCGGGUCUCAGCUGGCACCGGACGCUCCCGCUGUGCGCCAUCGGCGGCGACAGGAAGCUCAGCUUUUGGAUGACCGAAAUGUAGCCGCACCGUCGCCCCCGAGUGUGUUUCUGUCCCCGGGAAUGUCCAAUAAAAAAAAAAAA